GUUUUUGAAAAAUUUCGUAGUUUGGAGGGACGGCAAACCCGCCCCCAAUUCCGGCGAUCGCCGCCCUUGGUUAUCUUCCUUCUCCGGUGAUCGCCACCGCCAGGAUGGCCUCGGGAUCCCCGAAAUCUCGGGUCGAUCAGUUCUUCGGAUCAAGAAAGAGGAGACCUCAGUCUCUCAAAGAGGAGAAGCCCCAUGAAAAUCUUAAGACCACGCCGGAGUCGUCCCCCAGCGGUAAGGGCUCCCUUGAUUCCUAUCUCGUCAGAUCCCCUGACUCUCAGCGCCGGCUUGAUUUGGUGAAGAGGAAUAUCUCUUUGGAGAUUGGUCUGCCGUCUGAGACUGCGCAAAAGCCCGUUCUCCGUUCGUGCUCUUCUGAGAGAACCGAUGGCCGCGUUGGCGAACACGGAGAGCAGAUUCUUGAGAAGGAUGUUUCAGUAUGCGAGUCAAUAGCAGGCGGGACUUCGGAGCUCAAGAAGUUCGCCACUGAUUUCCUCUCUUUGUAUUGCAGUGAGGUUUUGCCUGUGGAACAAGAGCAGAAGGGGCAAAAAAGAAAUGGUAGUCCAUCUCUUCUGGUUGUUUGUGACCAAACCAAUGUGAAGAAGCAGUGUGCUCUGAAAAUAGAGGAUGAUGCUCCUGUUCGUGAUGGUUCUGAAUGUUCAGAGUCAAAGACGAGUGUGAAAACCCAAAAAAUGAUUGAUUUUAGUGCCAGUAAACCCACAGUAAGCAUGAGGAGAUGCAGUGGCACACCAAAAGCUGGCUUGCAUGCACCUGGUAUGUUGAACACGCCUAGAUCAGUAAGCAGGAAGUCCUUAAUAUCCCUGGGGAUGAGUUCUGGAAUGAAGCCUUUGAUGUUGCUGAUGGUUUUUACCAUCCCGUGGAUGAAGCUUCUUGUGCAAGGGGAGAAAGGGAGAAUGUCUGUCCUAUGGAUUUGUCAUCAUGUAUAG